AUGCACUUCGCGUCUUUGUUCGCCCUCCUCAUGGGUGCUGCUUCCGCCGUCGAAUCCUUCCUCCUCCCAGAAGGCCCGCCUCCAAACGUCAAUCGCCCAAUCUGCGGCUCGCCUGACCCCUCGGCGUCAACCCUCAACCUCACUCGAUACCUUGCCGAGCAGGAGCGCCAAAGGAGGAUCGCCGGUCACCUCGUACAAAGGACCCCCAUCAUCAUUGACACUUGGUUCCAUGUCGUUGCUGGCGGCAGAAACAAGACGCAAGGCUUUGUCAGUAAUCAAACAGUCAUGAAUCAGCUGGACAGACUGAACGAAGAUUUCGCGCCUCACGGCAUUUCUUUCAAGCACAGUGGCACCACUCACACCGUCGAACCCAAGUGGAGUGUCUGGAAGGUCGACCGCGAAACUGCUACGAUGCCGAAAUCAUUCUUCAAUCUACAGGAGAUGCCGAUGAGGAGACACUUGCGCAAAGGCACCUACACCACGCUCAACGUCUUCAUUUUGGAGGAUUUCGAAUACAAAGUUGAGGGGCUGUGCUACCCUCCUCGCGAUGUGGUUGGAGUGAGCGGUAUGUCGUCGAUUGAUGUGUCGAUGACUACAUAUGAAAUAUUCUGGAUGGACGGUUGCUUGAUCGAUCAUAGGACCCUUCCAGGAAGCGGAUCACGCAGUUCUCUUUUCAGUCAACGGACAGGCGCUACUCUUUCGCACGAGGUUGGGCACUGGCUCGGGCUUUUUCAUCCGUUCCAAAGCGGAUGCGACGAACCAAAUGACUUCAUCGACGACACUGCCGCGCAGCGUUGGCCAUUUAUCGACUGCGACGAGGAGCAAAGUGACUCUUGCCCUUUUCAAGAAGGCAACGACCCUGUUCACAACCUGAUGGGUUAUGCUCCGGAUGAGUUCACCGUGGGACAACAGGAACGCAUGCACAACAUAUGGGAGUCGCUCCGCCAGCCGUUGCACGGAUUGGACCCGUCCAAGAUGUUUGAAGACGACGAUUGA